CUCGGAUGCGACCAUCUCAAGGCAACCACUGUCAAAGAACCAGGAAGAAGAAAGGUGGGAUAGCCCCCCCAAAUAAGAUACCUUCUCAAAUCAGUCGGAGAACUUAACCUAGGAGGUCAUGGGGCUCUCCAGGUGGAAAAUAGCAGUGGCAGUCUUGACGACUGUUUUAAGUUCACUACUGCCAGCGCGAGCAGAUGAACACGAACACAAGUACACCGAUAAAGAGGAGGUGGUACUAUGGAUGAAUACAGUGGGCCCUUAUCACAACAGACAGGAGACCUAUAAGUACUUCUCCCUACCAUUCUGUGUGGGCACCAAGAAAACUAUUAGUCAUUAUCAUGAGACGUUAGGAGAGGCACUGCAAGGAGUUGAAUUGGAGUUCAGUGGUCUGGAUAUCAAGUUCAAAGACGAGGUGAUGCAAUCAACAUACUGCGAAAUUGAGCUGGACAAAGCUAAACGAGAUGCGUUUGUCUAUGCCAUCAAAAACCACUACUGGUACCAAAUGUACAUAGAUGACCUUCCCAUCUGGGGAAUUGUUGGUGAAGCUGACGAGAAUGGGGAUGACUUUUAUCUUUGGACUUACAAAAAGCUGGAGAUCGGAUAUAAUGGGAAUAGAAUCGUGGAUGUUAACUUGACCAGCGAGGGGAAAGUCAAGCUUGUGCCAAACACAAGAAUUGCCAUGUCUUACUCAGUGAAAUGGAAGAAAUCUGAUGUGAAAUUCGAGGAUAGAUUCGACAAAUACCUUGAUCCAUCCUUCUUUCAACACAGAAUUCACUGGUUCUCAAUAUUCAACUCCUUUAUGAUGGUGAUUUUCCUCGUGGGCCUUGUUUCAAUGAUUCUAAUGAGGACGUUAAGGAAAGACUAUGCCAGAUACAGCAAAGAAGAGGAAAUGGAUGACAUGGAUCGUGAUCUUGGUGAUGAAUAUGGAUGGAAACAGGUUCAUGGUGAUGUGUUCAGGCCAUCCAGUCACCCUCUGAUCUUCUCCUCCCUCAUUGGCUCUGGAUGUCAGAUCUUCUCUGUUUCCCUUAUAGUCAUUAUUCUGGCCAUGAUUGAGGACUUGUAUACAGAGAGAGGGUCCAUGCUUAGUACUGCCAUAUUUGUGUAUGCUGCCACCUCCCCAGUCAAUGGUUACUUUGGUGGAAGUCUGUACGCUAAACAAGGAGGGAGAAGAUGGAUAAAGCAAAUGUUUAUAGGAGCUUUUCUGAUACCUGCCAUGGUGUGUGGCACAGCGUUCUUCAUCAAUUUCAUCGCCAUCUACUACCAUGCCUCCAGAGCCAUCCCAUUUGGCACCAUGGUUGCAGUCUGCUGCAUCUGCUUCUUUGUCAUUCUACCUCUAAACUUGGUGGGGACAAUCCUGGGCAGGAACCUCUCUGGCCAGCCAAACUUCCCUUGCAGGGUCAAUGCUGUACCCAGGCCCAUCCCAGAGAAGAAAUGGUUUAUGGAGCCAGCUGUUAUUGUCUGUCUUGGUGGAAUCCUUCCUUUUGGGUCAAUAUUCAUAGAGAUGUACUUCAUUUUCACAUCUUUCUGGGCCUACAAGAUUUACUAUGUCUAUGGAUUUAUGAUGCUUGUGUUGGUGAUCUUGUGCAUUGUGACAGUCUGUGUAACCAUCGUCUGCACCUACUUUCUUCUCAACGCAGAAGAUUAUAGAUGGCAGUGGACAAGUUUUCUCUCUGCUGCCUCAACAGCAGUUUAUGUUUACAUGUACUCCUUCUACUACUAUUUCUUCAAGACAAAGAUGUAUGGCUUAUUUCAGACGUCAUUCUACUUUGGCUACAUGGCUGUGUUCAGUACUGCUCUGGGAAUUAUGUGUGGAGCGGUGGGUUACAUGGGAACCAGUGCCUUUGUAAGGAAGAUCUACACAAAUGUGAAAAUCGACUAGAAAUUCUGAAAAUGAUAUGGCAGAUCAGCUGAUACCUCCUCCUGAUCAAAGUGGGCACAAAGUCUCCAUUUAUUUUGCAAGAAGAGAUUGUGGUAUCUUGUACAAAAUCUAGUUUUCCAUUUUCUCAGUGAAUUAAAAGUUGUGACAUGAUGCAUACACAAGGGUAAACUGAAAGGUGAAAUAAACAGGACAUCAUUUUUAUUUUUUAUUUUAUUCUGCUUUCCGUUUUUCCCUCUCGAGGAAAUGUAGACACUAAGUGCAGAUAAAAGGGGAAAGAAUGUUCACCACAAUGUUGCUCCUAUUUCUUAUAACUCUAUCGCACCCCAAAAACAUUGAACAGAUCUUUAUUGAUGGAAUAGUCUUCGAUCUCUUCAGUGAAGAGGCCAAAGUGUAUUGAGAGCAUUUGUUCUAUUGUAUGAGAAUAUUGCAGUGUGGGGUUUACGUCCAUCCUCUUGCUUGUCUGUUUUGUAUUACAGAGUCGUACAAUGCCAUUGUUGUAGUAUUGUUUUACACAUUUAUGUAUCACACCAAAAGCAUAAUAUGGUUUGCAAUUCCAAAAAAAAAAUUUUUUAAUGAGAGAUAAAUCAAUAUGAUGUGAACCAACCAGGUUUUAGCUCUUCCUUUUGAGGGGAUCUGUUUUACUGUAGUUUAGAUCUGCAGACCAGAGCAUUAAACCUGGCACCACAAAAACAGUUUCUGAAAUAACGAUUUGGUGGGAUUGUUUUAAAGGGUUGUGUGGUGUGAUGUGAUCUUUUUUUCCAGUUCAGUCCUAUAUUAUCUUUUGGGUUUGAAUGAAGUCUGCUCGUAAAUAUAAUAUAUGGAGGGGGGUGACCAUGUAUAUAACCUUAAUGUAACUAGAUGUAGAUCCCCAAAUGUAUUUUGGUUGUACAGAUUUAUUAAAGGGUGUUUUUUUUUCUCUCUCUUUUAUGGAAAGCCAGUAAAAAGAUUUUCUUUCCUUGUUUUGAAGGUCGGGGUGGGCUUGGUGGCAGUUGCAUCUUGCCUGAUAAUGCAUGAAGUUUUCACCAAAUCAUAAGAUCAGACUGUUUAUUUUUCAUCAUCGUUACACCUUAGGUGACCCCCAUCACUACCCUAGUUCAUCAUCCUGCAUCUUGUAGAACUAAAGAAAAACAAGUGCUUCACUGACUUUGUGCUGCUCAUAGAGGAGAUAAUCAUCAGCUGUUUUUUUAUUAUUAUUAUUUAAAGAGUUAAUGGCUGUUCAUUGUCUCAGCCCUCAUGCUUAAUUUUGUAUCCAUGAUCUGAACUAAAAUUGUGACUGUCAGACACAAGGCACACGUGCUUUCUGCAGACAUACUGUACAAAGAGAAGUUAUUGUACACUUUACUGGAUGUUUUCAUGGGUACUAAGUGCAGAACACUUAGACCAAACUGUUGUUCUUUUUUGUUUCUUAUGUUCCAUUGUGUAAAUACAGUAACUAAAAAAAAGUUUGAGAAGUGGCAAAGCCUUUUUCUAAAUCUCAUUCCUCCCAGUUUAAAUGUUCAUUUCUGAUUCUUCAUGUCAUGUUCCAUGUGAAGUCUAAAAAUACAUUUUAAACAAUAUUAACUUGCUGUAAAAUGGACAAAAAGAAAUAAACAUUGUUU